CGCUUAAACCCGCGUUUCCUUUUCUACCUUGCCGGCCCUGUUCCCUCCCCCAACGGAGCGCCGCAACCCCGAUCAUGGAAUCAACCUCUCGACUGCACUCCAAGUUCAAGCCGCCAGCUUUCAUACGUCGGCCAGAAUCCGCGCGCGCGCCACCAGCCAAGCGUCCCAGGACCGCCUCGCCAGAUCCCAAUGAAGACGUCGAGACGGAAGCUUUUGCGCAAUCGCACGGGUCAAGAGUCAUUCGCAAGGGAACGGCUACUCCAGAAAAGGGGCGAGGCGAUGGUGGUGCGACUCUGAGCAGUGGCACCAAAGCUCCGCGCGUGCGUCCCAAUGGCACCCCGCAACCUGCUUCGCGCUUUGCAGCUCAGCGUUACUACCUAUGUACUUGGCGAAAGCCACAAGCUCGGAAACACAAGACGUGGGAUGGAGACGCGGUGCUCAUUCUGCGUUCAGAAACUGGCACCUGUACUUUGCGUUGUGCCGAAAGCUUCAAGGACCUCGCUACCAAUGUUCGCUUCACAGGAGGAGAGCUCAGCUCCGGUGAUGAGCUGAUGGUGGGGGGCCGAGAGAUAGAAAUUGACCGGCAAAUCAGUCACAUCGAGUACUGCAAUGGGGAGAAUGGCGGAGCCUUCUCGGGAGGCGCAGCAACUCACCCCACCCCUCGAACGCCAGCCGCGCCAGUGCAAAGCUUCUAUGCGAAACCUCCCACAAAGCCUUUCAAGAAGCUCAACGUAGGCAUCAGCGCUACUUCUGCGGCCAAGACGGCCACCCCCAUCAAGGUCGAAAAAGAUGCGACCGCCAGCUCUAGUCGAAGCCCAAGCCCCACCAAAACCGGUAGCCGCCCCUCGGGCUUACAAGAUCCCGGACUUGGCAAAGAAGCCAGGCCGAGAUACGACCCUGCGGCCGAAGGAGCCAUCAUCAUGAAACGGCCCGACGAGGCUCACGCCAAGCGGUACAACAGGCACAACUAUCCCAUCGUCGACGUCGUCGUUGAUCCGAUUUUAGGCCGCGCUCUCCGUCCUCACCAGGUCGAAGGAGUCAGAUGGCUUUACGAGCGCGUCAUGGGAAUGAAUGACGAAAAGUCAGAUCAGUACGGGCAGGGCGCGAUCCUGGCAGACGAGAUGGGCUUGGGAAAGACUGUGCAGACCAUCGCCCUCGUGCACACGCUCCUCAAACAGUCGUGCUACUACACUUCAUCGCCCAGCACCGUUCAGCGCGUGCUCAUCGUCUGCCCUCUGUCCCUCGUCAAGAAUUGGAAGCGAGAGUUUCGAAAAUGGCUUGGCGGCAACUCUCUCAACAUCCUCUGCGUGGAUGGUAGCGAGCAGACCAAACCGGAACGCUUCCUCAUGUCGAGGACAUUUCAAGUGCUGAUCAUCGGCUACGAAAAGCUACGCACGUGCGUCGACAUGCUAGCGUCUGCCCAGCCGCCCAUCGGCCUGAUCGUCUGCGAUGAGGGUCACCGACUCAAAUCAAAGGAUGCCAAGACGACGAAAAUGUUCGAGGCGCUCUCGACGCCGCGGCGCAUCAUACUCUCGGGAACGCCAGUUCAAAAUGAUCUCUCCGAAUUUCACGCCAUGGUAGACUUUGUCAAUCCGGGUCUGCUUGGCGACUACAACGUCUUCAAAAAGGUGUUUGAAGAGCCCAUCGUGAAGAGCCGCAUGCAACAUGCCAACAAGCAAGUACGAGAGACGGGCAAGUUGCGCAACGAGGAUCUCAAAAAGGUGACGGCAGUAAUUAUUCUUCGCCGCACCGCAGAGCUCUUGACUCAAUUCCUGCCACCAAAGUGCGAGCAGGUGCUCUUUUGUAGUCCGACGCAAAAUCAGCUCGACACCUAUCGCCACGUGUUGGGGUCCACACAGGUACGAGAUGUGCUGGACAGCGGCAAGACCAGUGGCGGCGGAGGGAGCAGCGCCUUGACUUUGAUUGGCGUCCUCAGAAAGCUUUGCAAUUCUCCAGAGCUACUGCUCAAGGAUCUAGAGACUUCCAAACGCGAUGGAGAAGCGUCGUUGACGGCAGCGAUUCUAGAAGGUGCAAUGUCGCAAUCUGCAUCGAAGCGCUUGUCCGGCAAUGCCAAUCUCAGCGGCAAACUGCUCUUGCUCAGCAGCAUGCUCCAAAGCAUCCGUAAAGAGACCGACGACAAAGUCGUCUUGGUAUCCAAUUUCACCGCAACAUUAGACAUCAUAGAAAUCAUGUGCAAGCGCAGCGGUUACAGCUUUGUUCGACUAGAUGGCAAGACGAAGCAAGAAGAUCGAAUGGACCUGGUCUCGGCUUUCAAUCGAGGCACGCAGUCGAACAACUUCAUCUUUCUUCUCAGCGCCAAAACGGGUGGUGUGGGUCUGAAUCUCACUGGCGCCAAUCGUCUGAUCCUCUUCGACAGCGAUUGGAAUCCGUCGGUGGACAGGCAAGCCAUGGCGCGCAUCCAUCGCGAUGGCCAAAAGAAGCCUUGCUUCAUCUAUCGGUUGUUGCUAGCAGGAACGAUGGAUGAAAAGAUUUAUCAACGACAAAUUUCCAAAAUCGGCCUCAGCGACUCGCUCAUCGAGGACAGCACCGCGUCUGGCCAAUCAUCUGACACUUUCUCCGUAGAGGACUUGCGCGACAUUUUCACCCUCCAUCGAGACACGCCGUGCCUUUCGCACGACAAUCUUUCGUGCUCUUGCAAUGGCAACGGUAUAGCAAAAUCUGGCAUCGACCACACGCAAGCGAACGUCGAGAGCGAUGACGAAGAUGUCCCAGUCUUGGCUGGCUUCGUGCCUGCCUCGCAGCACGCCCGUAGCCCGAAAGCGCAGCUGCCCAGCAAGCGCGCAAAACUAGCUGCUUUGCAUCAAUGGGGCCAUUUCGAUCUUCACAAGGCCGAUACAGGGUGUCUUGCGCUCGUCGAGGACGACCUUGUACGUCGCAUUGUAGAGAAGCAGACCCAUUCACAAGGCGUGGUCGCGCAUGGAGCGUGCAAGUCACCUGCUAUUUCACCUCGAUCUGGCCUCGGCGACGUGACCAAUGGCAGCAAUCCCAGCUCGCCAAGCAAGAGCACCCUGCUGGGAAAGACGGAUGUAACCACCCUCGAGAACGAUGCUCUCGCGAGAAGAUGCGCAGAGGAGCGCAAGGCUGCUUUGGCGAAUGCCGUCGUUUGCGAGCCCAUUUCGCGGCGAAAGCUUCGCGAUGCUCGAGGCGGACGACCGCCAGCUCCACCCGUCCGCUCACCUGAGCUUCAAAGACAAGUACUCGCAGCUCCUCCAGAGCUGUUGAGUCAAACAGAAGAGGGCGUCGAGAGCGAGGCGCCAAAGGGCAGUCCAUCUUGGAGCGACUUUGAAGGUGGCGAUCUCGGCCGUCCAACUUUCGACAUUACUCUGUGCAAGCCCGGUUCGCUUUUGUACGCAUUCAUCAAGUCUUCAAAGGCGCGCAGCUCAAAUGAAGAAGAAUGACCCGGUAACAAGCGCGAUGCUCCGAACGCCCAUCGUCAGCAGUCGAGCUGUCCAUAGACGACGCGAAUCUUGUAGAGAUGACACAGACCGCAGUAGAAUACAUGUUGACGAGGUCGCUCGCGCUGCUAAAGCGAAGGCGUGUCAUUCGGCCCAUUCGGGAUUUGCAGACCAUCCAGCAAGCUGUUCUCUUGACCACUGCGGAUCGCUUCGAGUUGAGCGGCAGAUUGAGUGGC